UACCCCAGUGAAGACUGGGUUGUUGGAUCGGUAGGCACUCCUCCCACAGCCUGAUGCUCAGUACAUGUACAUUGAGGUAUCGCUAACCAUCUAGAUUGGCGUCAUCUAUCGGUCAGAGCCCAAGGGACAACCUGCGCCCAGUGGAAUGGAGCUUGAAGGCAUCGCUCCACGUUACCCCUUGGCAGAAAUGGCACACCAAUCUUUUCAACGCAUAGUCGUUGUGAAGACAGAAGAUGACUCGUCAUUUUGCUGCCCCAUCUCAACAUAUGGAGGAGAGGGCUGCGUGGAGAAGGCACUUCUGCCUGAGAUUCACGGCAUCAUCUACGAUAUAAAACAUGAACCACCAACACCCCUCGCAAGGGAGGAGAAGCUAGUUCCGCCUGUUGGGGCCGUGAUGUAUGGAGAGCACACACUCCCGCAAGCAUGUCGACUCAAUUACUUCAAAGGCUUCUGGAUCCAGCAUAAUAUCCCGGUCAUGUUCACUGGCAAAAUUCCCACAGACCAAAUGGAGAUGGUGAAGAGCGCUGUUCGGCUGUUUGUCUUGCAGGAUACGGAAGGCAAAACGACCAGGCCAAGCCUUGACGAAGAUCCAAGCACAAGUCCAAGAACUGAUGCAAUCUUUGAUGACCCGGAUACGACGAGCCAGGGCGAAAAGGAUGGCGAGAGCAGCAAGUCAAGACACACGGGGCACUGAGUGCAGCUGUCCAUGAGACAUGAACGCCGUCACAAACACGCAGCAAUACUCAAUGACGGUUGUUUUUCCACUGGACAGGCCAU